UUGAGUAUCUAUAAAUGGCAGUGAGCUCUACAGCCUGCUGCCACCACUGUUGCAUGUCGGAUCUCAUCUGAAGUAGCUGAGAAGUAUGCGAUUCCCAGUAAGAGCGCGCAAAAGUUGUUUAGCUCCAUAAGAUUACCCCAGGGGAAGAUAUGGACUUGGAACAUAUCAACGGCAGCCUGAACAAGGCAUCACCCUCAGGCCCAGCAAACCUCACCCCGUUCACCUUUGUGCCAAUUCUGGCAAAGCUGCCAAGAAAGAGCAGAAUCAUACUUGUCGGGAGAAAAUUACUGUCAGCAUUUCACCAAAACCAGAGUCUAGAGGAACCCAUCAAAGACUCGACGGAUGAAAAUACCAUGGACGGGGGUGUUUACAAGGCAGAGUUUGUGUACAUAGGAGACUCGGAGGAAAACGAGCCAGGAGACUCCCCUCGAGAAAUGGCACAUGCGAAAAAGCUGAAGGCGUCGUCCGCUGAUCUGAUCGCUCAAACCCCACCCUUGGCCUUACCCUCACCCUCGCCCUCUCCCUCUCCCUCGCCCUCCACCCCUGUCCCCGCUCUCGGCCAGAACUCGAUCUGCCACUCCAGCGACUCCAGCCCCGCGUCCCUGCGCGCGACCAUGGAAACCGACCCCAACAAACACGAGGGCUUCUCCUUCGGGCCCGGGCGUCGCAGCGUGUCUCCGGGCAGCGACGGGCAGCUCGAUUUCAACCGCGAGCCGGAGUCGCCGGAGGACCGGGACGAGUUCCUGAGCCCCGCCACGUCCGUGGACCUGCUGCCUUCGCUGGUGUCGUCGUCGCGCGAGUCCAUCCUGUCCGAGGGCUGGGACCGGGACAGGAGCUGCCUGGCGUCGCCGGCGCCCUCCUCGCUGAGCCGCGCCUGGUCGCCGUGCUCGUCCGUGCGCUCGGGCGCCUUCUCCCCGGCGGUGGUCCGCGUGACGCGCCACUCGCUGGCGCCCGGCGCCAGCCUGGUGCGGAUGACCCCCGGCGACGGCGCCAGCCGCUCCUCCUCGCGGGCGGCCAGCCGCGGGACGUCGCCGUGCCCGUCCGUGUCGCCGCGCUCCCGGCACCGGCCGCCCCCCACGCAGCUCUCCCUGCUGACGGCCAUCCUGCGCAAGGGCCGGCUGCCCGUGCUGUCCACCGUCACCGAGAGGCCCUACUCCCCCUGCUGGCCCAUCAGCCCGGUCCACAUGUCCUCGUGUCCGGCCUGCAGGGCCGCCGCACGGGUGGGCCCGGUGCUGGAAGGGGGAGUCGGAGCGCAGGACUCAGACUGCGAUGCACACACACCCCAGCAGCACAGCUCGUGUCACCACAGGGAGACGUCCGAACCCAAGAGCCUCAACCCAGUGGGAGAGUCGCAGUUCCUUUCACCGUCAGAUGGACUGUACGGCUCGAAAAAAUCUAUUUUCCGAUCUGAGCCCUUGAAGGGUUACGUGGCUAGUUGGGGCGCCGAGGGAUCGAGGCUGUCAUCUCCGACGACCAGGACCUUCAUGGCGGAGAAAUCCGCCAGCGAUCCUCCGCGACGCGUCCUCAAGCCGGUCAACGCCGAGAUCCGCGUCUCCCCGGUGCCGAGCCCGCAGCUGUACACGUCCUUCUCCCGACGGUCCGACUCGCCCAAGCCCAGUUACGCCUCCUGCUGCGCCUCGGAGGGCCCGGGCGUCCCCUCGCCGCCGCACCACAGAGGUACCGCUUGCUCCGCUCGCUCGGAAAACUCUCGCCCGGCCUCCGGCUCAGAGAACGACAACGGCGGCAACACCACCGCGCGGCCCUCCUCCGAUAAGCCCUCGCCGCCGGCGAUCCACGUUCACAGGCUGUCUCCUCUUCCCAGAAUCCCCCAGCUCUCGUCCCCGCGACGCACGCCCACCCCGACCCUGACCCUGACCCCAACGCCCACCCCUCUCUCCACCUCGGUAUCACCGGCCCCCUACCGCUCGGCUGCCACUCCAGACCGCUUCACUCUCUCCCCUUCCCCGCUGACCCUGAGUCGCGACCUCAGCCCGUCCCCCUCCUUCCCCUCCUUCCCCCCCUCCUCGACGCCCUCGCCCACGCCCAGGGGCCGUGUGUCAGUCUCAGCUGACAGGGAGGAUAAAAAAAGCCAGCCACUCAAGAUCAAGUCGUCUUACAAAGAGCUCGCCGCCAUCCCCACAAACACCCUUCUGCUGGAACAGCAGGCCAUCGACGAAGAGGUUGAAAAGAGAGAGAAUUCACUGGACCCGUCGGAGACACUCUCAAUGGAGGAGGCUCGAGCUGAGAUGUGCUCGCCCGCCCAGCUGAGGGCCCAGUCCGAGGAGCUGUAUGCCGCCAUCGACGAAGUCCUGGAAGAGAGCCCCAUCCCUUUUCGGCGGCCUCUCCUCUCCCCCUCCCCGACUAUGCGCUGGGAAGACACCGACUCCAUGAAGAGGUACACGCCAAGAUCCUCACCAAGAACUGUGGGAAGGGAAACUAAAUAUGCAAACUACCAUUUGCGAUCACCUAGCCCCGGCGAACAGCAUGUGACAAAGCCAGGAGUGAUCCGUCCAACCUCUGUAACUUCAAGGUUACCCAUUGAUAAUGAAGAGGAGGAGUACAUCCCAAAUCCUUUCAAGAUGUAUCAAGACGGUCAUCCUAAGAACAACCCCAACAAGUUUGCCAGCUCACGUCAAGGGGAGUCUGAGGCAGAUGGUGGGAGACCUUCAAGCAGCCAGUCCUCUUCUGGUGGAAUGGUGUUCGGCCUGUUACCACCCAGCCUACGGCUAGCCACGGCAGGAAACUCCCAGACUGGGCCAUCAGCACUCACCACCACGCUGGCCAAGAUGGAGAUGCAUGAAACUGAUAUUUAGGCCGCCUUCAGUUGUUAAGAAAUCAGAAUGGAAAGCUUCCCUACAACUGUGAACAUGAAGCUCAAGGUAUUAGCUGACCUGUUACAGAAGCUAAAUGUUUUAACUGAAAAAUAUGAAGGAGCAUAAAUGAAUACAUGUUAACCCUUGCACUGAUGCCACUGAAUAAGUAUAAAGAUCAUAACAUCAGCUCAACCAAUUAUAAAUAAACAUAUUUUAUUGUAUUGAAGGUGUUGAUUUUUACACAGUAAUAAAGUUAUUUUGUUUUGUUUACA